AUGAGAAAGUUAGUUCUUUUAUUCGCUUUAAUUGUUUUGGCUACUGCUGCUCCUAAGUGGAACUAAUUGGUCAAUUACACCUUCGAUGACUACGUCAAGGACUUUAACAAGGCCUACACCAAGUUCUCCGCUGAAUACAACCAAAGAAAGAGAAUCUUCGAAUAAAAGUUAAAGGAAAUUAAAGCCUUCAACUCUAAUUCUGAAAAUGGAUACAAGAAGGGUAUUAACUAAUUCACUGAUAGAACUGCUGAAGAACUCAGAGAAACCACUCUUGGUUACUCCAAGACUGUCAAGAAUGCUGCUAACAAAUAAAAUAUGUUCAGAAACUUGAAGACCUCUGACAAGAUCAACGUUAAGGAUCUUCCCAAGUCUGUUGAUUGGAGAGACGCUGGUGUUGUUACCCCUGUUAAGGAUUAAGGUCACUGCGGUUCAUGCUGGGCUUUCGCUACCACUGCCGUCAUCGAAUCAUAUGCUGCCAUCGCUACUGGUCAACUCAAGACCCUCUCUACCCAACAAUUAGUUUCUUGUGUCUAAAACUCUUACUAAUGUGGUGGUCAAGGUGGUUGCAAUGGUGCCGUCUCUGAAUUGGCUUACAACUACGUCUAACUCUUCGGUUUGACUUCUGAAUACAAGUACUCUUACUCCUCUUACUAAGGUUAAACUGGUAACUGUACCUUCGAUCCCACCCAAUAACCCAUCGAAGUCACUAUUGACGGUUAUCUUAAGGUCCCUGAAAACGACUAUGCUUCCCUUAUGAACGCUGUUGCCACUCAAGGUCCCCUCGUUAUCUCAGUUGAUGCUUCUAACUUCCACGAUUACGAAUCUGGUGUCUUCCACGGAUGUGAUGGUGCUGAUAAUGUUGAUAUUAACCACGCUGUCGUUUUGGUUGGUUACGGUACUGAUGAAAAGGAAGGUGACUAUUGGAUUGUCAGAAACUCCUGGGGUACCAGAUUUGGUGAAAAUGGUUACAUCAGAGUCAAGAGAGAAGCUACUCCUACUUGCAAGACUGAUUUCACCCCUCUUGACGGUAACGGUUGUGUUGGUUUCGCUAAGCCCCAAAAGGUUUGCGGUCAAUGCGGUAUCCUUUCCGACUCUGCUUAUCCCUUAAACGUUAAGGUUGUUGGUUGA